AUGCAAAAGCUCAUUCCGUUCGACUCGUCCGUUCUGGCGAUGCGCCGCCCUUCGCUGCUUCCCAUUUUCGUGCUCCUUGUCGUCGCCAUCGUCAUCAUCUCCGUCGAGGCUGACGACCCCACAGGGGGCUUUGUGCGCUAUUGGUGCGACGCGACCGGGAAGGAGCCGUGUGAGCUCAGGAAGCCGACCCUCGAGAGUGAAAGUGACCGGCUUCGGUCCUGGUUCACGGUGAGGGAUCGGAAAAAGGACCGCGAAGAUACCUACCCGCACCCGGAUGUGCUGCGCCAGUGGAAGUCGUUUCAAAAGGCGGACGAGCCGCCGAAGUGCGACGUCUGGGAGCUGCCGGACGAGCCGCAGACUGCUCCGACGUCAUCUGCUCCACUGCCCCUCUUUGCCACGGUCAUCAUCGCCAUCAUCUACUGCACCCACCGUGUCUUCUUCGAU